AUGGCACGAUUUCCUUCGUUAUCCUCGGCGUCAUGGUCCACGGCGUUUGUCUCUUCUCUCGCCCUCUUCAGUACAUUAAUUCCUUCGGUACGAGCACAGAGUUCGAGUUCGGAUACAAUACAGGGAACAAAUGGGGCGGGAGUAACACAAACACUGCUGGUGGAUAGGUUUCCGGCAUUGUACUCGGGAAACUUUGGUGAUUGUAUGGGAGGACAGAGCUUGAUCAACCUGACAUCCUACGAUGCGGCCUACUACGCAGAUAAUAUGACCGUCCUGUUUAACCUGGCUGGAACCACCAAUCUCAGGAACGAGUCUUUAAUGUUAUACAUCUCCGUCAUGGCUUACGGCGAGGAUCGAUUUGACCUUGUGUUCAAUCCGUGCAAUGCCAACUUUGCCAGUCUAUGUCCCCUGAACGCCAGUGUUCCCAUAACUGGUGGAGCUGUCAUUCCAGUUUCUACAUCCGAUGUCUCCGCCAUUCCCAAUAUUGCAUUGUCAAUUCCAGAUUUCGAAGCAUCAGUACAAUUACGAUUCUUCUCCAACUCCUCGGAGACACAAAUUGCUUGCUUCCAGGCUGUGAUGCGAAAUGGAGCAAGUUUCUCUCAUCCAGCUGCGGUGGGAUCCGUCCUUGGAAUCUUCACAUUCGUAGCUGUCUUGGCAUCCUUUGCAACGGCCAUCUACGGAGUCAGUGUACCGCAUAUGCGAACCCACUAUGCACACUCUUUAUCUGUCCUCGUCGUCUUCGAGGUCUUUCAGUCCAUAUUCUUCUCUGGUGCAAUAUCCCUGAACUGGCCCAGUGUUUGUGCUGCUUUCUGGAGCAACUUUGCGUGGUCAGCCGGUAUGAUAUAUACUCCAACAAUCAUCAACUCUAUCAACAGCUUCGUAGGUGUAUCUGGAAAUGCUAGUCAGGUUGGCGGCGCUGGAUCGACGAUUCUAAACAACAACGGAGGCCUCCAACAACAGAUUUACGGACGUUCCAUUGACAGCGCUUCCGAGUUCGCUCGAAGUGAGCAAGUUGCGAGCCGCAUCUACGAACGAGCAAUCGAGACAAGUCCCUAUGAACUCGCCAAAAGAACUGCGCAGCUUGCAGGUAACAUUGUGAAGAGAGCCACAAAUUCAACCAAUGGAACACAGUCAGAACAACUAUUCGCAUGGUCUGGCGUUCCGGUGGCUCCUGGUCUUCCACUCCCUGGAAACUGGUCGGGGUUCGCAGGCGAGCUUUCUCUGGUCAGCGUGCCAGCUGCAGAUGCAUUCAUGGUAGGCUUUCUGUGGUUCUUGAUCCUCGUGGCUAUCCUCAUUGGAGCAACUAUCGCAUUCAAAUACGCUUUGGAAGGGUUGAGCGCCAUCAAAUGGAUUAAGCAUGAUCGAUUCGCUUACUUCAGAAGUCACUGGAUGGGAUUCACUGGUCUGAUUGUUCUUCGAUCGUGCUUCAUUGCCUUCUUCAUGAUGAUGACUCUGGCCUUGUUCCAAUUCUCAUCAGGCGGGAAAGCUGGCCCAAUCGCCAUUGCUGUCAUUGUUUUCCUCGGAUUCUUCGUCGGAGCCAUCGGUACUGCGAUCUAUGCCUGCUUCUACAGAGUCAAAUUUGGCAAAUACGAGUCCUCACCUGAUCGUAUCCACUUCCAGCGCAAGAAGGUGUUCAAAUUCAUCCCAUGGUAUCGAACAGUCCGUGAGAGUUCUUUGGAAGAAGAGGACAGAACCAAGUCCGCUGGCUCGGUAUCGUUCUUCCAAAUUAGAUUCGUCGACCAGGACUCGGAAUCACAGAGUGUACACCAAAAUGUUGACUUCACCAAGCGCUUUGGGUGGCUUUCAGCACGUUAUCGACGAACUCGGUGGUGGUUCUUCAGCUUCUGGGUAGUCUAUCAAUUCGUGCGAGCUUGUUUCAUCGGUGGAGCCAGUCAAAGUCCAACAGCUCAGGUCUUUGGAAUCUUCGUCUGGGAGAUUAUUGCCUUUAUUGCAAUCAUCUGCAUUAACCCGUUCGAGGGAGCACGUAAUACUGCACUUGCUGUCUACAUGCUUGGUAUCAGCAAGGUUGCUACAGCAGGCCUUUCUAUCGCUUUCCUACCCCAGUUCAAUGUGGCCCGAAUUCCUACGACUGUUAUUGGCAUCAUUAUCAUCAUCGAGCAAGGUUUCCUUGUCAUUGGCGUCUUGAUCCUCAUUGUUCUCGGCGCCAUCUCGAGCUACAUGUCACUCACUCGCAACCGAGAAGAUUUCAGCCCCCACAGUCUCGAGAACAUUCGCAUGAAGUACUUUGGACACUUGGAGCAAAAAGAGAAGGAUGUGCCUCCACCUCCUCCACCACCGCCGGAGGAACCAAAGGAACCUUAUUUCGCCGUCAAGACUGUCCGUCGCGCUCCCAAGAUCGAGGACGAAGACGUCGACGACGUUCCGGACCUGGCCGAGUUCAAUCCUGCUGCAUCUCAACCCUCUCUUGCAGGCCCUGCUGCUCGUAGUAGAGCCAACAGCAUGGCCGGUAGUAUGCGUAGUCAUUACUCAAGCUAUGGUAAUGUACCAUAUGGUGCUCGAGUGCAUCGGGCGUCCUGGAGUUCUCGGGACUUCAAUCAGUAUCAGGAGGAACAGAAAGGUGACUCGCCCUUUGGCACGCCAUCGAGGACCACGAGAGUAAGUUACCCUAGGCAUAUGAGAAAGGAACGGCAAGAAGCUGACUUUGCAGUCUUGACAAGCCGCAAGUAUGGCGUUGCAACCAUCUGGUUGGUGGCCACACUGGGCGCGAAGUCAACCACGAAGAAAGUGACGAAGAAGGCGAUCAUUGGUGUCGACAUCAUCAAGGCCUGCGAGACCAUCAUGGAACCGGAGGCACCAAUGGCAUUGAGGCUUCAAAGCAACUUACUGUAUGGAGUAUCCAAGGUCUACAACCAGCAAUGGGAAUACCUCCUUUCCGAUGUGCAAGCAGCACAGAACAACAUUCGUGCCUUGUUGAGAACUGCUCGUUUCGAUGGACUCGAUCCUAAUGCUGGAAAGGCCAAUCCCAAUCACCUUAUCCUGAUGGACGAUCCAGCCUUCUCCCCAGACAUGAUCCUUCCUGACCUCGGAUUCGACCUCGACAGAGCCCUCACGCCACAAGCCGAUACUCAACGCUCCUCGCAAUCCAUGCUCUCGAUUCGUGGACGCAGCGGUUCCGUCUCUUCUCUCAACGCUGCUUCCGUCCUAGGUCUUGAUAUUGGAUCUUCCAGCAAUGGCGGCGCUGGUUCGUAUCAGCUUCCACCAAAUGGCAUGUUCCGCGACUCGUCGGUGCAGAAGGAUCUCGGAGGAAAGGCAUACGACGAGGAAGAACUCGUGUUCCAAGAUGAUGACCUCUUCGACUUCGACGCUGAUGGACAACUUCGCGAUAUUCCCGACAGUGAACGGGAAGCUCGUCGUGCUGGUAGCAUUGUACCUCAACAUCGUCUCGGCAGUGAUUCAGCAGCCAGUGGACGCGUUCGUAAGGAACAUGAAGAUGCUCAAGCUGGACAUAUUCUUCCUGUCUUGGACGGGGAUGGUGAUUUCGAUAUGAUGCAGUAUGGUGAUGAUGAUCUGGGUCUUCCUGACGCUGAAGCAUUCCCUGUUAUGGCUGGUGGACCUGCUCGAAACGAUGACCCUCCCCGACUCUCAUCUGAAGCCAACGCUCCCUCUUCCCCCGGAGGAGAGCCGUCGUCCGUCUCUGCCGAAGCUCCCCAGAAGCGUCAGAAAGCCAAGAAGUCUCGAGCCUUGAAGAUUGAUUCAACCGUCGUACUCCGCAACUCUGAUUUGAAUACCUGGCACAGAGAAUACCUCGACAAUAUGGCUGCACAAUCUCUGAUAAACAAUCACAAGAAGGCAUCUCAACAGGCAAAACCCAAUGCUUUCCAUUACCUCUAUGGUUCUGGUUUGAAUGGUGUUGGUGAAGGUAUUGGCUCUGAGAAGCUUCCAAAUCCUUUAGCCAUGUUUUCUGGUGAAGCAUUGAUGGCUAAACUUACUGGCAAGUCACUUGUCAAAGUCAGAGGUAGACAAUCCAAGAAGCGUGUUCAUGAGGACGAAGAAGACGAGCACUCUAACAAGCGUGUCCGAGACGAUGAAGUUGGUCGUGGCAUCCAAGGUCAAGACGACGAUGACAUGUUUAACAUGCCAGACGACGACCUCAAUCCCCUCGACAACGAAGGACCAGAAGCAGAAGCAAGCAUCGAGGUCGAGCGAGGCAGAGAUGCUCAGAGUGCACUAGCAGAUUAUCCCUCUUCCGCCAUGCCAUGGAACGUCUCUGCAUCCCUCCACUCCCACCAACGCGGCCAAUCAUCCUCCAUCCAAGGAGGACGUCUAGGCUCCCAAGGUCCGAGCAGGAGACUCACAUCCGCAUCUCCGCUCAUCGGUCGAGGUUCCGCUCUCCCUGGCGAUCUGGACGAUUUCGACAACAUGAUAGGCAUAGACGACGAAAUGGUCAUGUACGGCCGCUCCGACAACGAUCGCUCCUCUAGCCAUGUCCCCGGUCUCGGGUUCGGAGCCAUGGGAAUCAAGAGCUCGAGCCAAAUCGGCGUAGGAGACGACGAGUUUGAACUCUUUGGUGCGGCAGCAGCGGUCGAUACGCAGACGGCGGCUGAUUCUCAAUGGGUUCGUUCUGCGCUCGAUGCCGAGUCUAACAACUUCCUUGACUAUGUACGUAAUACGAUUGAGGAGAAGAGCGGCGAUGAGUUGAGUGCUGAUGAAGAUGAUUUGGAUCGUGUUGGUGGUGAUCGUGGUGUGGAGAAGAGUGUCACCUUUGAGGAACUUUUCGAUCCGGAGAAGAAUACUUGUGUGGUUGCCGCUCAGGCUUUCUAUCAUAUUCUCUGUUUGGCGACUAAGAGACGUGUCUGGGUUGAGCAGGAUGUUGUGGACUUUCAGCCUUGGGGUGAGAUUAGGAUUGGAGUUUCGAGUGUCUGA